AUGGAUUUCUCCUCCUUUACUCGAGACGAGAAGCGAUUUGUUCUUGCCGAGAUUAUUAAGUCCAGCACCGUCGACAUCGAUAAUUUGUUGGCUUUCAUAGUUGCGAACCAUGUGAACCCCGACUGGAUGAGUAUGCAACUUCCGCUGGUGGAAGGUCGUAACAUGAAUCAGUGUAUGAAGGUUAUAGAGAGCAUGGGUGGUCCGACGUCGAGUCCCAAACGCCCAUCUACCAGCAGUCAAGGCGAACUCGGUUCCAGAGGGACUAAUUCCAGUGUUGCGGGCGACACUACCGGUUCAAGUGCUCAACAUCUUUCACCCCCUAUGGUAAAUGUGCCUGUUGCCAUCCUCCCUCGACCAGCAAACAGGCCCGAUCAUGGCCCAGUUGCCACGCCUCCUACACCUCCCUCAGCAACGCGACCCAAGAAACGUGGCCGGCCAUCCAGGGCGGAUAAAGCCAAACGAGAUCUCCGCCCAAACCUUCCACCGCGGAUAGCUCCUCGUAUUCAACUUGCUACUGGGCAUCGGCCUAUCCUACCUGCUGAACCUCAUCCAGCUAGCAACACGAUGCAACAAACAGCCCAAGUUUACCCGACUCUAGAAGCAAGACAGACGAAGAAGCGACGGGUCAUGUCACCUGUUGGCCGCAAUCAGCAAGCUAGCCCGAGCACCUUCUCUACAAGCUCUGCCAUAUCAAGUCCCGCGAUGUAG